GGGGUGGUGGAGGGAGAGGGUAAGAGGUCCAGCAGUUCAUCUCUACCUCCAAGGCCUGGACCAAGGCAGAGGGACUGGAGGGAGGGCUAAGUAAUUUAAAAAAUUGCAUCCAAAUGGCCCCAAAUACCCUCCAGGAGACUUUAUUAAACAAAAGGGAAUGGCUAGAAGUUGCUGCGUCUUGAGGGUCAAGUAGAUGGCAAAAUGCUCCCCACACACCCCUCUUGCCUUUCCUUGAGGCUGAGAGUCUGUGACUUGCCCACCCUUUUUUACAGAUAAAUUGAUCAACUCAUUAUUAAAAUGAAAAGGACUCAUGAAAGCGGCGCAAACAAAAGGCAAGAGAAAAGAAAAAAAGAAGAAGGAGCUUCAAAGUAUUCUUCUGCCCUUUCUACUUGGUUAUGUCCUCUUCCUAUUACAUCCAGUAAGGAAAAUGAAAAAAUCAUAGAGCCGGGAAAUCACACUGGAAAAGAUGAAUCCCAAGCAACUCAUAUUCAAGAAACCAUUGUGCCUACUAUGACUUCCCUGAACCUUGAAGAAAUUUUUUCCCCAGAGAGUGUCACAGAUCCAGAGAUGAAAAAGCGUAUAAUAGAGUCAGGGCCCUGUCAACCCGUUGGCCCAUUUCCCAGUGAUGAAAAACAAAAUGGGAGGUCCUUUUCAGAACAUUAUUACACAUUUAAGUCAAAAUCUGGGCUUAAGUUAAAAAGGACUUGGUUGUGCUAUUCAGCAAAAUUUGAUUGUGUCUAUUGUCAACCUUGCUGGUUGUUUCCUCAGAAAGGAGCUAUCGGAUGGGAUUCCGGAUUACGAGACUGGAAACGUUUAUCAGAGCAUAUAAAAAGACAUGAAGAUUCACAGUAUCAUGCAGAAGCCUGCUUGGAGUAUGAACAGUGGCGACAUCAUGGUGCAAUAGAUGAUGAUGCUCUAGAAAAACGUUUGAAGGAGGAACAACAUUUUUGGAGGAAAGUUUUGAAGAGGGUAAUAGAUGUUUCGUUAAUGUUGGCUACAUGCAGCCUUCCAUUUCAUGGAGACAGUGGGAAAAUCACCGACGGUAACAAAGGUAAUUUUCUGUCGUUAAUUGAACUACUAUCAAAAUAUGAUACUGUUUUGGAAGAGCUAAUUCAAAAACCAAAAGGUACUGUUAAUUAUUUGAGUCCAACAAUACAAAACGAAAUGAUUUCUCUGAUGGCUGAUGAAGUGCUCAGUGAAAUUACAGAAGAACUAAAGAGUGCACCCUUUUUUUCCAUCAUUAUUGACACAACUCAAGACGUGAGUAAAGUAGAUCAAUUAAGUGAAGUCUUUCGCUAUGUGAAAAUUGAAAAUGAUCAAAGUGGAAAACCUUGUAAGUUGAACAUAUGCGAAACAUUUACCUCUUUCACAGCUGUUACUGAUCAACCCUCUUCGGGACUGGAGCACCUCAUUAUAAAAUCAAUUUCGGAAAAAGGCCUUGAUAUAACAAAAUGUAGAGGACAAGGAUACGAUAGUGCAUCAGUUAUGAGUGGUGUGUAUAGUGGAGUACAAAAGAGAAUUCAAGAACUAGCACCCCAUGCCUAUUUCAUUCACUGUGCCAGCCAUAAUUUGAAUCUGGUUCUUAAAGAUGCCGUUGAUUGCAAUCAAGAAAUAGCACAAUUCUUUGAGACUGUACAAAAUGUUUAUAACUUUUUUGGUCCCAGCAUUGUUUGGUGGCAAGAGCUUACAGUCUUCUCAGACUGUAGAGAGAAUCAGACUGCUGCUAAGGGAAUGUUAAAGACUUUAAAUCCCAUACAUUGGGCAGGGAAGUACGAAGCCGUUUACGCUUUAAAGGAGAGGUUUUGUGAUGUUAUGAAAGCACUAAAUAAAAUAAUUUUGACAAGCAAAAAAUCCAGUGAAAAGAAUGAGGCUGAGGCCCUCAGGAAAACGUUAGAAUCCUUCAGUUUUGUUUUGCUUUUGACCAUCCAGUGUAAAAUAUUGGGGGAAAUAAAUAAUGCCUCAAAAUCCUUACAAUCUGAAUCUGUAGAUUUAAUGACAGCUUAUGGUCUUCUAGGGGAGGCUUUGUUGAAAGUGACCGAACUUCGUUGGUCCUUUGAAGAAGUUGUUAGUGAAGCAGAAAAAGUAUGUUCAAAGUGGGGGAUAACACACGAAUUCAUAGACCAACGAGCCCAAAAGGUGAAAGAGCACUUUGAUGCACUGUAUGAAGACCAAAGAUUGACCGAUCCUAAAAGCAAGUUUAGAGUGACAGUAUUUUAUCCAAUGGUUGAUAGCAUAGUGUCACAGCUUGACAACCGUUUUAAAGGCAUGAAAGAAGUAAUUGAUGCUUACAGAAUUGUUCAGCCUUCUUUCCUGGCCUCAAGUACAGAUGAAGAACUGCGUUGUGAAGCUGACAAAUUUUCAAACAGGUUUUCUGAUGAUGUAACACCAUUGUUCAAAGCACAGAUUUUAUCAGUCAGAAAUGCUUUUAAAUCAAAGUUAACGCAGUUUACAGAUGUAAAAGAAGUUGUGAAUCUCCUGCUGAUAGAAAACAGCUCCUUAGCUUCAGCGUACCCAGAUGUACUCACUGCUUGUUUGAUGUACCUCACAGUCCCUGUGACAGUAGCAAAAGCUGAAAGAUCGUUCUCGAAACUGAAACUUAUUAAAAACUAUCUGCAAAGCUCCAUGUCUCAACAUUGUCUUAGCAGUUUGGCUCUUUUAUCCAUUGAGAAUGACAGAGCACAAAGAAUUGACUUCAACAGAGUUAUUGAUAUCUUUGCUAGUGUCAAGUCCAGAAGAAAAUCAUUAAAACAACAAGUUUAGUUGCAUCUAAACUAUUACACUUGUUAGUCAUUUAGACUUAAUUGUAUACAUAAACUAAAUCAUAUAUUGCUCAGAUUUGAAAAUAAACUGAAAACAGUUUAGUUUGUACUUAUGAUAAGGUGUUAUUACAGUAUUAUUAUUUUGUUGCUAUUUUGAAAAAACUUUGAACUAAUAAUGUUAUUGCUUUUCCCUUCAUCACUAACUGCCAGCGUAUAGUAAAACACACACAUGAUACAAGUACAGUGGGUCCUCACCUUACGCAGGGAUCCGUUCGGAUCCCUCCGUGUAAGGCGAAUUCCGCCUAUGCUCA